AUGGCAAAGAAAAAGACCACCACUACCCGCAAGACUAGGCAGUCGGCCUACCCACAACGCAGCAGUAGCACCACCCAUAGCAACAACAACAGCAAGGCUCCCUCCAAUGCCUCUUCGCCCUCACCCCAGCCGUUGGACUCUCUCCAGGGUGGUCGCAAGAAGGCACUACCCAGGCGGUCACCCUCCCAGGACGAUCCCUCCAAGGGGAUCGUCUUCUCCUUCCGAAUCCAAAAAGACCCUGCGCUCUCCAUUGCUGUCGACAUUCGAAGCUACGAUCAACAGUUUGGCCCACCAGAGGACUCUGAAGCAACUUCAAGCUCCCAGGCCGACGCAACUGCAACCCUGGCAACAGUGGCGUUAUCUUAUGUCAAUGUCAACUCAGGCAGCAGCAGCAGCAGCAGCAGUAGCUCACGCUCCAGCUUUUCCGGACCCUCGUCGUCGUCGUCGUCGUCGUCGUCGCCAUCAUCCUCAGAGCUCAGGAUGGCAGGGGAACGAUGGUCAAGCGACCCGUCAUCGUACAGGAGUAGCAACGUCUAUGACCACAGCCGGAACCUCCUUAUUCUUCAUUCCCGCAAGCCCUUGACGCCAACGGGAGCUUCAGCGCCCGAACACUCAACAGGCUUCCAUCCAUAUCGACCACAACGUUCGUCGACUUCCAGCUCUAUGUCCUCUUCGUUCUCCUCGAUAUCAUCGUCAUCUUCAUCUUCAUCGUUCCCAACGACGCCUGCAUUGACUGAUUCCAGUUCAUCAUCAUCAUCAUCAUCGUCGUCGUCUGUUUUGUCCUCCCCUGCAAGCUCGCCAAGUUCACCAACAUCCUUCGAACUCCCUGUGUCUGUAUCAUCCGGUUUGACCAAGGAAGAUCCAUGUGUGAUCGAUCCGUUGCCAUUAUCGUUGCCGUUGCCAUUGGAUGGCAUUGGGGCCCAAUCAAGCCGGUUCCUGAGUGUCCGGGGAUUGGGAGGUGCAAACAAGGGUCGGAGAAUGCAAGUUAUCCUGGUCAAAUAA